GGCGGGGCGGAGGCGCCGAUGGCGGCGCCGCGCUCGGUGCUGCUGCUGAGCGGGAAGAGGAAAUCGGGGAAGGAUUUCGUGGCCGAGGAGCUGCGGAGCCGGCUGGGCCCUGAUGUCUGCACCAUUCUGCGCCUCUCCGGACCCCUCAAGGAGCAGUACGCCAAGGAGCACGGGCUGGACUUUGAGCGCCUCCUGGAUGCCAGCGCCUACAAGGAGAGGUUCCGCCAGGACAUGAUCCGCUGGGGCGAGGAGAAGCGCCGCGCCGACCCCGGCUUCUUCUGCCGGGCCGCGGUGCAGGGGGCGCUGCAGCCGGUGUGGGUGGUGAGUGACACGCGGCGCCUCUCAGACGUGGAGUGGUUCCGGGACGCCUACGGGGAUGUGGUGCAGACCGUGAGGGUGGUGGCUACUGAGGAGACGAGGAAGAGGAGGAACUGGGUAUUUGUCACUGGGGUGGACGACGCUGAAUCUGAGUGCGGCCUGGACCAGGGAGUGGCCUUUGACUGGGUGAUCACCAAUGAUGGGGAUGAGGUGGCCCUGGGCGAGCAGCUGGAGGUGCUGGUGCAGUCUCUCCACAGGAGCCUGUAGCUCCACGUCUCUCCACUGGGGCUUGGGGGCUGCAUCAUCCCCCCAGCCCCUCAUCUCCACCUCCUGCUGCUGCUUCCUGUUCUGGAAUAAAGCUCUGACACUGAGAACCGCU